AAACGAGUUGAUGAUAGCUGUGCAGUUAUACGUUUGGAAAUGACCCAAAGCCAGCGAGAUAUCGAUGUACUGAAAAGGAAGUGUCAAGUGAUGGAGGGCGAGCUGAAGAAGACACGAGUCAGGAGAAAAGGUAAUGUGUUAUUCAUGACAAAUUGAUUGCAUAUGCAAAACCCAAAUGUGUGAACAGCCCUAAUAUGACUGAAUACAAUUAUUUUCAAGUUUUUUACCCCAUGGCAUCAGAGAGAUCUUCAUAUCCAGUCAAGAUUGUUUUGAACAAGCAGAGGAGUAACUCACAGUGGAGAGAUGGAGAGGUGGCUGUUGGAGAGGACUCUCAACCCCAGGUGUGAUACAUCACCUGUUACAGUUAGAGACCUGACUUCUUGGAUCAAUUCUGUUAUUGGAAUAUCAGGAGAAUUUACCGCUUUUGUGUGACUUAUUAGUAUGAAAAGGGUUAUAUAUGGUGUGUGUCCAGAGUAAUAACCUCAGUCCCCUGUUACAGCCUACAGAUGUGGAGCAGAGAACGGAGACUGAACCCAUACUGAUCAAAGAUGAGGAGACAGCAGAGGAUGUGUGGAAGACUGACCCUCAGGAAGAGCUCAGAAUCACUGGAGAGGGUGGGUGCUGACAUAAGGGGUACUGCUCUGUCUGUCUAUGGAAGACUUUGUAUGGUGUGGUGGUAUGCACGUUCCAAAUUGCUAGUUGGCGUUGGGUGUUUUCUGUUCUGGGUUGGCAUAUGGAGCGCACGUACACACAAAGUCAGUUCUAAAGCAGUCAUGUUUUGCAACUGUUAAGGGUCUUUUGUAAUGUUUAUCCUCAGAGUCUGGUUCCAAGCCUGGGCAACCACCAUCCUUUGAGCAACGGCACUGUGAUGAGGACUUCAUCACACAACCCAACAUAUCUCCUGAAUACUCCAAUUCUGAACAUCCAGACACACCCCGGCUCACAUCUACAGAGGUGUUCAGCACAGAGCAGCACCUGCCAGAUGAGGACUCACUAGAGCUAGUGAUGGUGAAGGACGAGAAAGAGGAGGAGUUGGAUCAGACCACAGCCCUGGCAGGACCUGACCAGUUUGUCAUGGAUGAGACUGAUGGGCAUCUGUGGACAUCUGUGGAUCCAGGCAGAGACACUGACCCUGAUGGCCACCCAAUUUUCUCCUUUCAUGCUUCAGAAGAGUACUCUCAGAAUAUCUCUAUUUUCCCAUCUCAUAGUGGGCUGCCAUCCGUUCCUACUAUGACAGAUGAUGUAGGGCCAUCACUUCACUCUUCUAUAGGGAAACCACAUGCUAACAUGUUCAGUGCAGCAGCACACAUGAAAAGACAUGUCAGGACAUUGGCUGAUGAGACUAGACAACAGAUGCCAGACAGACAGAACAGCGAGAGGCUGAACUCAAGUAAUGACGGAAAUAAUUUAGCACUACAGUCAAGGCAGCAUCAGUACAGGGCUUCAGAAGCAACAGUGAGAAUGAGUGAGUGCAUGACAGGGUCAAACAUGGCCACCACCUCCACCUUCUCUGGAUACAGCCUGAGUCGCAGUAGUUUUAACAUGGUGAAGAGAAUGAGGACUCAGUGGAGGUCGGUCGGCACCACCGAGAAGUGUUUCAGAGAGAAACCGCACACCUGCGAACAGUGUGGCAGGAGUUUCACCAAGCAGUGGAACCUGAUCAGACAUGCUGUGGUCCACAGCGGGGAGAAGCCAUACGAGUGCACACAGUGUGGGAAAUGCUUCACCCGGCGUUCCAGUAUGAAGUUACAUCAGAGAACUCACAUAGGAGAGAAUCCAGUGUCUCAAUACGUGGUACCCCGAUACCCCGGGGAUCCACAC